AUGCCCGGCCUCAAUCCAAAUUUGGUGAGUCACACACUGAAUAUUGAGCUAGGUACCAAGCCUGUUGUACAACCAAGGAGGAAUUUUCAUCCUGAAAUCGAAAGGCAAAUCAAGGUGGAAAUUGAAAAAUUGCUAGCUGCUCGAUUCAUCAAACCAAUCAAGCACCCGACAUGGUUAGCAAAUAUUGUUCCUAUGAAAAAGAAGACUGGAGUAAUUAGAAUAUGCACAGACUACCGAGACCUCAACCGAGCUUGUCCAAAGGAUGAGUUCCCGCUACCCAACAUAGAUAUCUUGAUCGAUUCAACUUUAGGCCAAGGCAUGCUAUCCUUUAUGGAUGGGUUUAGUGGCUACAAUCAGAUCAAAAUGUUGCCCAAUGAUGCUGAGAAGACUGCCUUUCGAACACCAUAUGGGAACUUUUAUUACACCGUCAUGCCAUUUGGUUUUAAGAACGCUGGCGCCACCUACCAAAGGGCCAUGACGGCGGUAUUUCAUGAUAUGAUGGGGAGAGAAGUCGAGUAUUAUGUGGACGACUUGGUGGUAAAAUCAAAAGAUAAAGGAAGCCAUCAUGAGGUUUUGAGACGGGUGCUGGAAAGGUGUCAGCUAUAUGGGUUAAAGAUGAACCCAAAGAAAUGUGCAUUCAGAGUCUCAUUAGGCAAGUUCCUUGGUUUUCAAGUACAUCAGCGUGGCAUAGAUGUGGAUCCAGAAAAAACCGGAGCCAUAAACUCUCUUGCACCACCUAGAAGUCCGAAAGAAUUAAAAAGCUUCAUGGGAAGAUUAUCGUAUAUUCGACGCUUUAUCCCGGGUCUUGCUGCCACCAUGAGUAUCUUUACUCCCUUACUCAAGAAAGGCAAGCCAUACAAGUGGAGCAAGAGUGCCAGGAGGCCUAUCAGCGAGUGCAGUAAAUAA